AUGUCGUGCCGCUCCUUCCAGGUGGGCUCCAGGUGUGGUACUCAGAAUUUCAGCUCAUGCUCGGCCAUCAUGCCUCGUAUGGUCACCCACUAUGAGGUGAGCAAGGGGCCAUGCCGGCCUGGGGCUGGCGGGGGCCUCCGUGCCCUAGGCUGCCUCGGGUCCCGGAGCCUGUGCAAUGUGGGCUUCGGGAGGCCUCGGGUGGCCUCCAGGUGUGGCCUGCCUGGUUUUGGGUAUCGAGCAGGGGCUGCCUGUGGGUCUUCUGCCUGCAUCACCCCCGUCACCAUCAACGAGAGCCUACUGGUCCCGCUGGAGCUGGAGAUUGACCCGACAGUGCAGAGGGUGAAGAGGGAUGAGAAGGAGCAGAUCAAGUGCCUCAAUAACCGCUUUGCAUCCUUCAUCAACAAGGUCCGGUUCCUGGAACAGAAGAACAAGCUGCUGGAAACCAAGUGGAACUUCAUGCAGCAGCAGAGGUGCUGCCAGAGUAACAUAGAGCCCCUGUUUGAGGGCUACAUCUGCACCCUGCGGAGGCAGCUGGACUGUGUGUCAGGGGACCACACGAGACUGGAGUCGGAGCUCUGCAGCCUUCAGGAAGCACUGGAGGGCUACAAGAAAAAGUAUGAAGAGGAGCUCUCCCUGCGCCCCUGUGCCGAGAACGAGUUUGUUGCCCUGAAGAAGGAUGUGGACACGGCCUUCCUGAUGAAGGCCGACCUGGAGACCAACGUGGAGGCUCUAGAACAGGAGAUCAACUUCAUGAAAGGCCUGUUUGAGGAGGAGAUCCUCCUGCUGCAGUCUCAGAUCUCAGAGACCUCAGUCAUUGUGAAGAUGGACAACAGCCGCGACCUGGACGUGGAUGGCAUCAUUGCUGAGAUCAAGGCCCAGUAUGACGACAUUGCCAGCCGCAGCAAAGCUGAAGCAGAGGCUUGGUACCAGUGUCGGUACGAGGAGCUGAGGCUGACAGCUGGCAACCACUGUGACAACCUUCGCAACCGCAAGAACGAGAUCCUGGAAAUGAACAAGCUGAUCCAGAGGCUGCAGCAAGAUAUUGAGACUGUCAAAGCUCAGCGCUGCAAGCUCGAGGGCGCCAUAGCCGAGGCAGAGCAGCGGGGCGAGGCGGCCCUGAGCGACGCCAAGUGCAAGCUGACCGGGCUGGAGGAGGCCCUGCAGAAGGCCAAGCAGGACAUGGCCUGCCUGCUCAAGGAGUACCAGGAGGUGAUGAACUCCAAGCUGGGCCUGGACAUCGAGAUCGCCACCUACCGGCGCCUGCUGGAGGGCGAGGAGCACAGGCUGUGUGAAGGCAUCGGGCCUGUGAAUAUCUCGGUGAGCAGUUCCAAAGGCGCCAUCCUGUACGAGCCCUGUGUGGUCAGCACACCCAUGCUGAGGACAGAGUACUGCACGGGAAGCACAGGUGUCCUCAGGAGCAGCGGGGGCUGCAGCGUGGUGGGCACCGGGGAACUCUACAUCCCCUGCGAGUCCCAGGGGCUCCUGGGCUGCGGGAGUGGGCGGAGCUCCAACAUGAAACUGGCAGCUGGGGCUAACUCCUGCGGCCACUAGUGUUAGCACUGUCCCCCCAACCUAGGGGACAGGGCUCCUCCGGCUGUUGAACCCCUACAGGGCCAAAGGCUAUUCCAAAACUCUGCCUUUCCUGUACUGACUCCAGAGUCACCCUGGGAUUUCCACUUGGGGCUGAGCUGACCCUCAAGUCCAUCUUUAUUUUCAAGAGCCAUCUUUCAUGUAGCUGGGUGCAAAAUCUGAGCUGGGACUUGGGGUGAGGUGGGUUGCAGAGAAAGAGGAUGCAUUUCUCCUGUCCCCUGGAACUAGCAACAGAAAACCCAGGAAUGGCAGUAGCCCUAACCAUUUCAUUUCCAGAUAAAACCAAAUGGGCACAUCACAAGACCCCACAUAAGCCUCCCCACCUCCCUUCCCUCUGGCUCUCAUGCACCUAUGAAAAGUAAACUUCUUUUAGCGCCCUCCUGAAACAUGCAAAAGGUGUCAAAAGGAGACACCCCCAAAUCCCAUUCCGAAUUCCAAAGCCGAGUGCCAAGAGUCCAAAUCAUUCAGGAUCUGCCAAUGUCCUGCCAGCACAGAGACUCAGAAACAAGUCUUUGGGCAGUAGCUUAACUUGCACAAGAGUGUUGAAUUCAAACUACGCAAAUGAGUCUGUUGCCUGAGCUCACAUUGGCAGGGGAUGGUGGGAAAUGCCUAAAACCAAGGGUAAGAAGACCUGAAAUAGUUACUGGACAGAUGGACGAUCAAGAACUGACACUAUUUACUCAAUGGGAUCAAGCCCUUCCCCCCCAGCCCGCCUUCUGUACAUAACCUCCAACUCCUGCUUCCUCCUUUAGCUCCUCUAGCCUUGGGCUUUGGGUCUAUGUGAACGGUCCCCAUGACAGUUCUGUGGGGCUGCCCCAACCACUUGCAGGCUCUAGUGUAGAGACUGGGAGAGGGAGGAGGAGGUGCCUGACUGACCCACCUUCUAGGAGCCCUGCC